ACGCCCUUAAACAGAUAACUGAGUAGAAACCGACCUGCCUGACAAAAGAGCACUCCAAGCCCAAAGGUGAGACGUGACCACAGCUUCUGUUAUGGAUAUUCACGCCACAACUGGGAAAGUUUACCUGCAAUCCCACAAAGAUAAGAAUAAAUGGAAACCAAUCUCCUUGUCUCUAUUUUCUAGCAGCAGUGGAGCAGGCCGGUUGGAGAUCCAGGACAUGGGAGGUGUUACAGGUUGGAGUGCAGGAGCAGAUCGUCUAGGAGGUUUAAGGAAGCAUCACCUGGCCACUUCAGAUAGGAAGCUGAAAGUCAUCCUACUGUCUGACAUACUCAAUGUUGUGAAACUCCCUCGGAAUGCAGAGGCUUGUCCAAUGGACAACAUGUGUGCGUUCUGUGUUGAGACAAAAGAGAGAACGAUGGUGUUUUCCGCUCCAAAGGACAAGUGUGUGCAGUGGGUGAAGCAGCUGUCACAGCACAACUUGGAGAGAGGUGCCGCUGAUCAGAUUGUCAUUGAGGAGAACCAAAUCUACGCCUCAGCUGAUGAAGAUUUCCGGGUGGUGGUGCAGCAGACAGAAGCAGCGGUGAAUUGUGAGCUGAAGGGGUCUUACUGGUUGCAGGUAGGGGAGAAGGAAUUGUUGCUGAAAGACCUUCAGAAGAACAUCAUUUGGGAGUGGCCGUAUGAAUGGCUGAGAAGAUAUGGAAAAGACAAGCUUGCAUUAACCAUUGAAGCAGGUCGUCGGUGUAACAGCGGUCCAGGAACCUUCAACUUUGAGACCCCAGAGGCAGCUAAGAUCUUCUCUUUAAUGAAAAACACCAUUAAACAGAGGUCUUCAGGAACCCAAAAGAAGGAAGAUGAAACACAGACAGCCUCUACCAGACGUGGUCAUUCACCAUUACCCAGAACUUCAGAAAACACUAGUCUGACUUCAUUUCUGGAAAACAAGCUUGGAACUACAGUAAAGCUAUCUGAUGCUUCAGAGCAUAAAACUGACUCGGUCAGUCCUUCCUCAGUGCAGCCCGCACCGAUCACCCUCAUGCCCCUCCCCAAGGUGCCCACACAGAAGAGCCCUGUUGUGGCUACGGAGCCAUCAGAUGCAGUUUAUGCUGAUCCACUUGAGUGUCUCCAACCCACACCCAAAGGCACAGAAGCCCUCUAUGUUGAUCCUGCCAGUGUUCUUCCUGUUCAACCGCCAGGUUCCAGAAUAACAGCAGUACCCACUUUGCACUCCUCAAAUCUCGCUGUCCCCAUGAGUCCUGCGGAGUCUGUCUACUCUGAGGUAUUUGACAAAAUUACUCCUCUGGACUCAACAAAUGUGAGGCAAUGUCUGAAAAAUAUCCAAGAAGGAGACCCCAUUUAUGCAGAGGUCCACAGUGAGAAGGUGAAGGAGUCUGCCACAAAAAAGACAAAACCAGAUGCAUUUUCUCACCUCUACGCUCGAGUGUGCAAACCCAGCGCAACUUCUGGAGAAUCUAGACCAAACGAUGAUGGGCCCUCUGUGUGUGCUGCAGCCAAAUGUGAGUCGGAUCAAAUCCUUGAUGAUGUGAUAUAUGAAAAUUUGGGGGUUAUCUAAUAAUCUGGAUCAAAACUAAAUGUUGCUCCAUGUAUUAAGCAGUGUAAAAGACACGAUUAUGGUACCAAUAAUCCCAAUUGUUGUUGUUCAGUGACUUACUUUUUGUAUGCUUUUUUGUCAUUUCCCAUCAGAGGUUUCCACAGCAACCAAGCUUCCUCCCACUUCAUGUAUCUUAUCAAUCCUCGUCUGACCACCCCUGUCCUGAUCUCGUCCUCCUAUACCACAUCCAUGCAUGUCCUUAGUUGACUCACUGUACUUUUUUUUCCUGGUAAUUCCAUUUCUAACAUUCUUCAUCUGACAAGUUUCCUGUCUCUCCUUUCCACAUGCCCCAACCACCAAGUCUGGCACGCUGAUUUCUAAUCCUGUCCUCAGUUUCUCUCUCACCCUCUCUUUUAGCUACAGAUCACAUAUAUCAUUCAGCGCCUACAUUAUACAAGCUCUCAUUUAAUUAUUUUUAUCCACAUCUGCUGCAGUUACUAUACUCUCAAUAGAGAACACGCGCAACAUGAGUCUAUUGGCCUGUAUGGGGUGUAUGAAAAGUCCCAUGGAAAAGCUCCCGAAUGACUGCAAGCACAUUGUGACACUAGAAAAUACAUUUUGAUAAACAUUUCUAAGAAGGAGCUGACAGACAGUCUGGUGGGGUGAAGAUGCCAUGGCCCUUGAGUUAGAAGACUACAGACCACUGGGUGUUAGAGAGAUGACUUGUAUUUGUAUAUCGUUUGGAAAACCAGCAGUAGUUGUCUUUGUCCUGAAUCAUCUACUUGAUGUAUGGACUUGCUAGCUAAAGACUCUCCUUGUUUUCUGUUAAUGAAUUUAAUACCGUUUUAUGCAUCUUGUUCUUUUUAAUUUUGCAUGUUAAAGCUGAAAUAAAAAUAAAACAAACUGGAGGGGACUUGACAUUAGUAUCAGGAAGCUUGAUCUCAGCCAGCUUUGCAGCUAAAACUGUUGGAGAAUAAAUUCAUACAUUUCAUUACCAACCUGUGCAACACUUAAGCUAAAGUAUGAUCUGUUUCCUAACACCAAUGGAAUGAUGAACUGUGGUUCACCCAUGCUGGACUUGGUCAGUUUAACAAUAAUAGUUACUUUUGCAUAAACAGAAUGUUCAGCCAAGUUUCCAUGUCCGUCACACCUGGUCUCCUUUGGAAGAAAACAUGGAUAUCUAUCAUUUGUAACGUCAGGUCAUGAUGGCCCAGCCAAGCAUCCUGGAUUCUGGGAAAUCAUAUAACGUUUCCAAUGAUCGGACACUAAUAUGGUCUAGUGUUCGUGUGUAAUAUUGUGUGUUGGAUUCGAGGAACGCCCUCGGUCCUAUUGUGUAUUGGAUGGUGUAAUGGAUUUGAGGUAUGUAUCUGCCCUUCGAUUUCUUUGACGCUGACCAUUGACAACU